AAGAGACUUCCAAAAUCAAAGGCCAUCUCAGCUCUCAUCUCAGCCUCUCUUCACCAUCUUUCCCACCACACCUCGUGUCCCCACCACCACCUCUCUCUCUCUCUCGAAUACGCUUCAACAAUCGACAAUCACAAUGGCCAUGACGCUGAAUGCCAUCGCCUUUCAAUCCCCAAAACGCCCCUCCUUCGCACCCCACCGAUCUCCCACCUUAUGCAUGGCCUCCUCUCUUCGCUCCGCUUCCAAAGAGGUUGAGACUGUCAAGAAGCCUUUUAGUCCACCACGCGAGGUGCAUGUUCAAGUAACGCACUCUAUGCCUCCAGAAAAAGUCGAGAUCUUUAAAUCUCUGGAAGGUUGGGCUGAGGAUAAUCUACUAGUCCACCUUAAGCCUGUAGAAAAAUGCUGGCAGCCUCAGGAUUUCCUGCCGGAUCCAAGCAGUGAUGGAUUUCAUGAUCAGGUGAAGGAAUUGAGGGAAAGAGCCAAAGAGAUUCCAGAUGAUUAUUUUGUUGUUUUGGUUGGUGAUAUGGUCACCGAGGAAGCGCUUCCUACUUAUCAAACCAUGAUCAAUACAUUAGAUGGUGUGCGCGAUGAAACAGGGGCUAGCCCGACUCCUUGGGCUGUUUGGACUAGGGCAUGGACUGCCGAGGAAAAUAGGCAUGGCGACCUUCUUAAUAAGUAUCUCUACCUGUCUGGACGAGUCGAUAUGAAACAGAUUGAGAAGACUAUCCAAUAUCUGAUUGGUUCAGGAAUGGAUCCUCGGACAGAGAACAAUCCGUACCUUGGAUUUAUAUACACGUCCUUCCAAGAAAGAGCUACUUUCGUUUCCCAUGGCAACACUGCCAGGCUAGCCAGGGAGCACGGGGACAUGAAACUAGCUCAAAUCUGUGGUACUAUUGCAGCAGACGAGAAGCGCCAUGAAACUGCAUACACCAAGAUAACAGAAAAGCUAUUUGAGAUCGACCCUGAUGCAACAGUGCUAGCUUUUGCUGACAUGAUGAGGAAGAAGAUCGCUAUGCCAGCCCAUUUGAUGUAUGAUGGCCGCGAUGACAACCUUUUCGACAACUUCUCAGCUGUCGCUCAGCGCCUUGGCAUAUACACUGCCAAAGACUACGCCGACAUCCUAGAGCACUUGGUCAAGAGAUGGAAUGUGUCUCAGUUAAGAGGACUGUCCGCUGAAGGGCAGGAAGCUCAGGAUUAUGUCUGUGGACUGCCUCCGAGAAUCAGAAAGUUGCAGGAGAGAGCACAGACGAGGGCCAAACAAGGACCACGGAUCCCGUUUAGCUGGGUACAUGACAGAGAGGUGCAACUCUAAGUUCACGUGCUCGAAUGUUACAGUUCGAAUUCGCUGCUUUGUCUGUAGCGAUUCGGAGAUUGUAGAUACCAGUUUGCUGAAAUCAUGAUAUCAGAUCUUCAUAUAGGCGUAGCUCUCUAGUUUUACAAUGUUCGUCUAAGUUUGGGAACUAUUAAACUGUCAAUUGUUGCAAGGGAAUUUUGGACUAAGAAUUCUGCUUAUGCUUCAAUUUGGUUAUAUAUAAUAAACUUCCAUGAAAGGAUUUGUAUAA